AUGGUGGUCUUAGUUGACCUCGACGACGAACCGCCUUCUCCGCGUGCCCCGCGCGCGCCUGGCUUCAUUCGUGACAUGAAGCCGCUCCAUCAUUCUCUUGCGCCAACAGCAGCAGAGACGGAUGACAGCGCGCCGGGGCCAAACGAGAGGCCCAAUCCCAAUGUCAAUGGAUUCAGCGCCGCAUUGAGCUGUUAUCCUCAGACAGCUUGCCAGCCAACUCGACCUCAAUACGUUGCAUGA